AUGGCUAAACAAACUCUCAAAGAACAGAAAAAGAAUGGUGAUAAAGGAAAAGAGAAAGACACUAGAGAAUCUUCAGGAGAGAAGGCGAGACAUCCCUCAUUCAAGACUUUCAAGAGUAGUAGUGUUACAGAGUUUUCUGAUGUCCUUAAUCCCAUAGUUGUUCUAACUUGGAUUCAGAACACCGAGAAAGUAUUUUGUGUCUCUCAUGUGGAUAAUGAAGACAAGGCUAUCUAUGCUUCUGUAAUGGUCAUCGGAGAAGCCUUGGUCAGAUAUGAGGAGAAGGAAUUCCUCGAGCUUAAACAUGGAGGAAUUACUGUGAAUGAGUAUGAAACUCAGUUCAGUGAAAAAGCACGAUUUGCUGCAAAGUAUAUUCCAACUGAAGAUGAGAAAAUUCAGUUAUUCUUAGAAGGACUACGACAUGAAAUCAAUGAUUUUGUAACCAAUCAGGAUGUUCUAUCGUUUGAGAAAGCUAUUGAGUAUGCUCAAAGACGUGAGCUUGACUUAGAGAUAUCUGGUGCCACUCUUACUGUUCCAAAGCAUCCACAUACUAAAAGAACUGCUCCUAUUUCCACUAUUCCACCAGCUCGAUCUGUUCGAACUGAUCCUAGCAAGCAAGCACAAUCUCAGAGUGCUUUUUGUGGCUGCGGCAGGUCACAAUCGUUUUAUAUUCAAUCGCCUUCAUGUCGCGUUUAUGGAAGGAAUCAUCUAGGCCAAUGCAAAAUAGACAAGGAAUCCAUUUUCUGUUAUCGAUGUGGAGAAACUAGUCAUAUAAAGCCAUCUUGCCCAAGGAAGGAUGUGACUUGCUAUGCAUGUGGUAUUAUUGGCCACAAGAAGUGUUUCUGCCCUACUCUUACCAGCCAAGUGAUGGGAACUCAAGCUUCCGUCCAACAACCAAAGAAUACUCCAGCUAAAAAUGAGGAGGUACAAAUAGCUAAGGGUCGCGCGUUCUAA